GCUCGGCUUGUGUUGUCCUGGACGUUCUGGAGGUUCUGGAGCCGUGCGCGCGUGCUGGUGGCGGCGCAAAGGAGGCCUGAGGUCGGACGAGACGAGCCCAGGACGCACCGGGGAGUGGAGUGGAGUGGAGAGAGAGAGCAUCCAGAUCCAGGUGCCACCCCCUAACCCUGCAGAGAGAGAAGACACACACAGAGAGAGACACACACGCACAGAGGACAGGGGGGGGGAUGCAGAAGAGACAGAGACGGGACGCCUACUCCUCCUCUGCACGUCUUUCUGAAACGAUGUUGCCGACGAGAACGUGCCAAUGCGCAACGCAAACACCAGAAGCGACCUCUUUCCGCGCGGAUAACGGAUUUACAGAGCAGCUCGUGGUGCAGGGGCGACGGUUACAUCCGCAGACCAUUCAUUGACUUCGGAUGAACCAUGGGGAUCUGACAUUCACUGGUGUUUUUGGCCGGAUUUUUUUGCCUUUUACGCAUCGAGUCCUGCGCUCGCGAACGAAUAAACGCAGUGGAGAAGAUGUUGCUGCGAUGCUACCGGGGAAAGCUAUCGGUUUGGGCCGCUUUGUGCUUGCUGGUGCUCUGCUGGUUCUACGUUUACCCCGUUUAUAGACUCCCACGAGAUAAGGAGGUGGCGGAGGAGGUGCUGAGGCAGGGAGACGCGUGGAACAGGAACCAGACGGGCAUCGAUCUGUUCAGGAAGUGGCUGUCCGAAUGCUGCGACCCCGGGAGAAUGUUCGCGGUCACCAAGGAGAACUCGCCGAUCGGCAAAGUGCUGUGGUUCGACGGCGAAUUCUACCACUCGCACGUCGUCAACAAUGACACGUACUCGCUCUUCGUGAAGGACAACCCUCUGCCUCUGCCCCUGAAGCGCUGCGCCGUAGUGGGGAACGGCGGGAUCCUCCGUCACAGUAAAUGUGGGCGGGACAUCGAUCAGGCCGACUUCAUCAUGAGGUGUAAUCUGCCGCCUCUUUCAAAGCAGUACACAGAAGACGUGGGAACCAGAACGCACCUGGUCACCGCCAACCCCAGCAUCAUCGAGAAAAGAUUUCAGAACCUGCUGUGGUCGAGGAAGUCGUUCGUGGACAGUAUGAAGGCGUACGGCUCCAGUUACAUCUACAUGCCCGCCUUCUCCAUGAAACCCGGCAAGGACCUGUCCAUACGAGCGCACUACGCCCUCUCCGACACCUCCUCCAACAUCACCAUGCUCUUCGCCAACCCAGAAUUCCUCCGCACGGUCGGAAAAUUCUGGAAGUCCCGCGGGGUGCACGGCAAAAGACUAUCCACGGGGUUGUUCCUGGUUAGCUUAGCGUUAGGGCUGUGCGAAGAAGUGACUGCGUACGGAUUCUGGCCGUUUUCGAUGGGAUUGGACGAACAGCCGAUCAGCCAUCACUACUACGACAACAUCCUGCCAGAUAAGUGGUUUCACGCGAUGCCGGAGGAGUUUAUGCAGCUCUGGCAUCUGCAUAAAAGCGGCACGUUACGGAUGCGGGUCGGACACUGCCCCCUACAGGAAGGGAGGUCAUAGACGGCUGAUAAAACCGGACUACGUGUUACGGGAAGGAGAUGUAGAGCUACUGAUUCAACAAACUCAACAAAUCCGCUGCGUGAGUGCGGAUAUAAACUGUUCUCUGUUCAUUUACGUGAUCACGUCAAGGAGACGAUGUAACAUAGACGUUCCCAAAAGCGGGAAAAAGACCCCGGAAGACUCUGAAAUGCAUGAAUGUGUUUUGUUCAUGGGGACCAAAACGGUGCAAAGUGAAGUUGGAAUUUGUCUUCUGUAUCUCACUAUGGACCAGCGGGACUAAGCUCCCCCAGUGGGUUUUUGUUGAAUACAGAGAGAGAAGGAGCGGAGGAGGAGGAGGAGGAGGAGAUAAUAAAUGCACUCAAUCGACCAAGUGAAUCCAAGGAGCGAAGAGAAGGCUUAAAAAACAAAAUAACCUAACCCCAACAACAGCUAAAAUGACUUGAAUUCAAAUUAUUACCAAAGUUUGAAAACAUUUGACCGGUUAUACAUGAUUUGCUUGUUAGAAUGACACAAUUUGACGUGUUUCGAGAUAUUUCAAGCUUAAAAAAAAGUGUAGUUUAACGCCGCGCUACGUCACAUUUGUACUGGAGGGUUACGCCGUCCGCUCGUCUCCACGGAGAUGGUUUUGCUUUGCCGGGAAUGCUCCACAGUUUGGCGUUAAACUCAUCGAUUGCGGGCGUUUGGAUUGUUGAAAAAAGAGUUUGUAAAGUUUUGGCAGAUGCGUUUAUGAUGCGUCGUACUGUGGAUCGAAGCAAAGCAAAGUGUCACGUCUCCAUGGCGACGAAAGGAUGGCGGGAAAAGCUGGUUAAUCCACCUUUAAGUUAGAACGAUAUCUUGAAACCGGUCAAAUCUGUGUUUUAACAGGUUGGAUAUAGACACAGUAAUGGGCCAUUCUCGUUGCGAUGGUACUCUGAAGUGAAGUCAUUUUAACUACUGUGAAUAUUCGCUUUUUGCUGUAGAGAAACCAGGAGGCAUCAAAGACGGUGAAGACGUUGCCGCUUUGUGCGCAGUUGGCAUUUUUGCAGUGCCAGAAAACAGUGAAACAAGAGCGGGACAGAGGGAUGCACCGAUUCGGCUCUUUCAGUUCCGAUACCGAUGGAUUUAAGUCAUAAUAGUAAUAAUAUCUUGCACUUGUGAUGAGCUUUACAGGCUGUACCCUUUAUUCAUUCACUCCGUACUCGGUGGAGGUAAGCCACAGCUGCCCUGGCGCAAACUAAGAGAAGCGAGGCUGCCGAUCUGAGCCAUCGGCCCCUCACACCGCCGAUUUUUCACUGUCGCCUCAAGUAUCCGGCGAAAUUGCAUUUAUUUCCCUAAAACAAAAACAAAACAUGACAAAACUGAUCCAGAUGUGUUGUAAUUGAGACUUUCUGGGCCAAGUAUGACCAAGAAACAGCUUUAUCACACCAGUUUACAUCUCCAACCAGAAUAUCGACUGAAACCGAUAUUUGGAAGUCGAUAUCUGAUCCAGUAAAAUGUCCACUAUCGGCGCUGAUGUCUGAUCCAGUAUCGGUGCAUCCCCAAAGCAGGAGCCAGUAAAAGUCUUAAGUUUUAUGUCUCUUCGAAUGUCUGGCCAAGUUGCAAUUUCACCCUUGAGUGAAAAAGGGAACGCCUGCUGCCUGCUGAUGUGCGAGGACCAUUUUAUUUGCCAAAACGUUUUGUGACUGAACGUGAGAAGCUACAGUACUGUGCAAAAAAAACGCUGCUUUAAUCCACUCAGACUCAUCACUGGUCCCUUUAUCGACCCCUGGUGGUUAUGUUUGACCUAGUUUCUUGUUGAGGUGGGCAGUUUGAAGGUCCCUGGUUUUAUUUUUGGACAGUGGGAUCUAAUCUCUGUGGAGUUUGUAUGUUCUUCCCGGGUUUCCUUCACGUCACAGUAGGCCAAUCCGAAAUGGGUCUGUAACCAGGUACAGGAUAGAAUAAGGUAACUGCUGCGUAACUGUUUAAAUUAGCAACCAAAUUAGCAAUUAGUAUACAAUGGACCAGGCGUUAGACAAAAGAUAAAGGCAAAAAAGAAAGAAUUACUGGAGCCACAGGUAAAGCUGAGAUGAAUUGUAUUAGACAGAAUGAACAAAUAACAUUAACGGUAACAAUUCAGUUCAAUUUAUUUUUGUAAAGCCCAAAAUCACUGCAGCAGUUGUUUCUUAAGGCUGAACAUGAGAAUUAAUUUAACCAACAGAAAGUUAGAGAAUCAACAAUGAAACGGAAAUAGACAAGCAAAUUAAUCAACAGAAAACAAGCGAAAUGUCCCAGAACAUCCCCUGUCCUUAGACCCUUUUUCUGCAGGAACCACUGUCCCAGAACAUCCCAUCUUUAGACCCUCCUCCUGCAAGAACCACUGUCCCGUAACAUCCCAUCCUUAGACCCUCCUCCUGCAAGAACCACUGUCCCAGAACCUCCCAUCCUUAGACCCUUUUUCUGCAGGAACCACUGUCCCAGAACCUCCCAUCCUUAGACCCACCUCCUGCAAGAACCAUCGUCCCAGAACAUCCCAUCCUUAGACCCUCCUUCUGCAGGAACCACCGUCCCAGAACAUCCCAUCAUUAGACCCUCCUCCUGCAAGAACCACCGUCCUAGAACAUCCCAUCCUUAGACCCUCCUCCUGCAAGAACCCCUGUCCCAGAACAUCCCAUCCUUAGACCCUCCUCCUGUAAGAACCACUGUCCCAGAACCUCCCCUGUCCUUAGACCCUCCUUCUCGGCAAGGAAAAACAAAAAAACACCCAGUUGGAAAAAGAGAAACCUUGAGGAGAACCACAGAUGGACAGCUGCAGAUGUGUCCAGGACUAA